GAUGGAUGGAAAUAUUGGGGAGAAAGAGAAACAGCAGCAGAAAGAGCUUGAAAAAUUAGAUUCGAGGAUAUAUAAUGUGAUAUUAAAGCCAAUUAACAAAAGAGCAUAUUACAAGUUAAAUAAAAUUCUUGUAAAGGUAAAUAAGUUUACAAAGAAAGACAUUAUAUUGCUUUUCGAAAAGAUCAAAUCUAUUGGGAUUAAGAAUCUUAAAUAUUUUACUUUAUCACAAACUGAGAACAAGUAUUUAUUCAAACUAUUGAUGAAUAAUUGAUUUGUGAAGAAACUAUAUAAGUUUUCUAUAUAUUUUGAUACAACCAUCAAAUCAAAUCUCUCAUAUCAGAGACAGAUUUUGAAUUUCCUACCAAAAGUGACCAAAACUUUUUAUCUUGAAAAUUACACAAUCAACAAAAUCCAAUUCAGAAAAAUCCUGCAAGUUGGAAGACACCUUGAAAGAAUUGAGUUUGCAUUUUGCCACUACACCCUCUCUGGCCUAAGACUCAGCACUUCUCUUCAUUACUCAAUCAAAUACCUAAGUUUAUCAAUUAAACCCCCUAUAAACCUCCAAUCCCUCAGCAAUCUCCAAUCCUCCGUCAAAAGCCUCCUCUUCGCAGCCUCGCUCACCAACCUCCAAUCCACCCUCAAAGAACUGGACAUCUUCCACCCAAUCCUAAAACAAUCCAUCACCAAAAAUGCCCUUUACCUAAAAUUCCAAAACCUUCUUAUAAAACCCUAAAUUCUCCCUUCAA